GCUUACUUGAGUGGCCGUAUUUUUUUUGUGGUGGGUUGGGUUGGGUUGCUAUUGCCAAGUGUGUUUUUUCGCUCUUCUCAGAUAUCCCUCAUCACUUUUUACUUCCUCUCCAACUCCUCUUUCUUCUCUGUCUUCUUUCUUUACUGCUAAUAAUUCCCUCCAUUUACCUUUUUUCUCUUACAUACAAUCUCUAAUUUCACCACGUACAAUUACAUAUAACACAUGUCGUUAGAAGGACGGGACAUUAUCGUUGGCGGCAAAUACAAGCUUGGUCGAAAGAUUGGCGCCGGGUCUUUUGGAGAGAUUUACUUGGGCUCAAAUAUCACAAGCGGUGAAGACAUCGGCAUAAAACUGGAAAGCGUACGAGCAACACAUCCACAACUCGAAUACGAAGCCAGAGUAUACAAAACAUUAGCUGGAGGCGUCGGCAUUCCGUUUGUCAGAUGGUACGGCAAAGAAGGCGACUACAAUGUACUGGUAAUGGAUUUGCUCGGUCCAUCCAUGGAAGAUCUAUUCAAUUAUUGCAAACGUCGCUUUUCGUUAAAGACGGUACUUCUCUUGGCGGACCAGCUGUUAUCCCGCGUCGAAUAUGUACACUCCAAAGGCUUUAUUCAUCGAGAUAUCAAACCAGAUAAUUUCUUAAUGGGCAUUGGAAAGCGUGGAAACCAAGUCAACAUGAUUGAUUUCGGUUUGGCAAAACGGUUUCGCGAUCCACGGACGAAUGUGCAUAUACCCUAUAGAGAAAACAAAAAUCUUACCGGUACUCCGCGCUAUGCCAGUGUCAACACCCAUCUCGGGAUUGAGCAAUCACGACGGGAUGAUCUCGAAUCGCUUGGCUAUAUCCUGGUCUACUUUUGCCGUGGCCAAUUACCGUGGCAAGGCAUCCGAGCACGAACAAAGAAGGAAAAAUACGACAAAAUCAUGGAGAAAAAAAUGACGACGCCUGCCGAUGCAUUAUGUCGAGGCUUGCAUCAGGAGUUCGCAAUAUACCUCAAUUAUGUACGCUCUUUGCGAUUCGAUGACAAACCCGACUAUUCCUACCUGCGAAAGCUUUUCCGAGAUCUGUUUGUCCGGGAAGGCUUCCAAUACGAUUACGUCUUUGAUUGGACAAUUCGAAAAAUGCAAGAGAAAAAGAUGGCAGAAAGUCAAGGUAUGCGUAUGGAUCCUCAAUUAUAUAACUCCUCAACGUUGCCCUAUGAUCCUGCAUUGCCUGUGCAACAACGACGGCCAAUGAUGACCACUGCCGCUUUACCAUCGGCUGGUGUGCCUCAUCGGUCUCCUACUACCGGUCAACCAUAUCGUGCCGAAACAAAAUCAGCCGAUACAUCUAAGCAAUUAGAUGAUGUAAUGUUCCAAUACCAGCAGCAGCAGCAGCAGCAGCAACAACAACAACAACAGCAACAACAGCAACAACAACAGCAGCAAGCCAAGAUACAUAGCCAGUACGCACACCCAUCGCAGACCAUGUUACAACAAACGUUGCCGCAGAACCACGGAUUCAACCUCGCGAACUACGGUUAUGCCGGAACCAGCGGUGGCAAGAUGGCUCAUGUGCGAGACACUCAGGUCGGCGGGUCUUCCAGCAGCCGAAUGUACCGAUCUCCAUCCAAGGCUGUUCACGGGACUGUAGGUGGCACACCGUCUCCUGUUGCAGUGAAUGCUCAAGCCCAACCAUUUAUGGACCCAGCAUCAGCAACGUUCCACGGAGGCAAUAGUAGCGGAUAUCUGGCGCAGCCUGGAGGUUUACCGGCCAUGGACAUCAAGCAAGAAAUGGAUCUCAAGCAAGAGUUGGACCUCAAGCCGGAGAUGUAUAUCAAGCCCGAAAUGUACAUGAAGCAAGAGUUGGAUGUGAAGUCGCCUACCACAGCAGCAACACCCGGAGACCGUUCCACGAAACCCUUCCAUCUCAUGAACUCUCGACUUUACGACGACUUUUAAUCACGAUAAAGCCCACACGAAAACCGUGUUUACAAGCAACCAGAGAAAGAAAGACAUAAGAAUUCGUAUAUUCUCAUUAACAUGAUAAAGUUCUCUAAUUCAAAAGAACUUCUUUUGUGACAGAUUAUUAUUAUACAUAUCAUAUAUAUGCAUAUAUAUAUAUACUACCACACACACAAACAUCCCAUUUUUCUUUCAAACUCUGCAUAAUUCCAUGUGCACUUUUUUUUUCUCGUCUCACUCUCUUACCUCACCACAAUCCACACUUCAACACCCCACUAACAGAAACACACACACACACACACACACCU